AUGCUGUGCAGCGCCAGCACGGGAGCCCCAGCGCGGGCAAGCCCUAGCGGCUGGGCGCCGGCGGCCUCCCCAGCGCCGUUGCGGGACUCUCGGCCGGCGGCGCUACCCUCUGUGGUCUCCAACUCGCCGCCAACGGACAUCUCGGCCUUCCUCUUCAGCCUUCGACAUCAUAGAGAGUGGAAGCAUCUGGGUGCCGACGACCACCGAUUUAGCCCAUUGAGUAGUAGUUCCAGGCCAUCAUCUACCUACAUUGAGGAGUUCCACAUGGUCAUGGCCAUGCCAACAAUUAUUGAUUGA